GCAGUAGAGCAGCGCUUCGGAAAUUUAGACCACCUGGGGCUCCUUAGCGUGCACCUAAAGCUAAGCACGCGGUCCUCUAGCGUUUUUCUUCCGUGGAAAAUGCGUCCGCCGAGGCCGGGAUUCGGUCGCGCGACCUUUGGGGCCCCACAGGCUUCAGCGGCUCGCUCGGCCUGGUCCGGCCAAGGCAACCUAUUGGCUUCCCAUGGGUCCUGCAUGAUGGCGACAUGUAGCGCGUCGCAGCAAUAUGUCACCGCAACGCACCGGCCUUACUUCCCGGUCCAUGCCCAGCCCAAGGUCAACCAUUUAGAGCACGAGCCCAGCCCUGACUCGUGCCAUCAGAUCCGGCCGCACUUGCAUGACCAAGUCCGGCCUGGGUCCACCGAAGGCGCUACGUGUACGUGCAAGGCUGAAAUAUGUCAGUUGUAA